AUGAGCCUAGACACCCCGAAUGGUCCACUCCCCGAGUACUCGAUACAAAAGCAAACCAGAGCCCAACGCAUCACCUCGUACAUACCCGUGCCACCUGCAAAAGUCCCUACCGGCGCCACCAAACCGGAGCAGUCUACCUUCGCUAUCUCGAUAACGCUCCUCACACCGGGUCUUCACGUACCCUACUCGACUCCGAAGGCGACGCCCGACGACCCGCACCCACGAGCGCAACUUGUCGGUGGAUCGCCCGGUCUUGGUGGUAAUAAGCAGAUCGCGCCGUACAAGCCCCUCACUUCGUCGCCAAACGAGACCAUCGCCGCAUACAUAUAUUUCGAUGGUAGGGCAAAAGAGGAAGUAGCGACGCUUCUGCGCCGCGGGGAGGAGACAUGGGUAAACUCGCGAUGGGUCAGCGUCCCGGCAGCAGAAGGGGGCGGACUGGCGGAGCGGGAAUUUCUAUUCCGCGAAGUCGGGCUGGAGCGCUGGCUUAAUGGGCUGGAUCUGGAAGGCAAGGACGUUGCCGCCACGAUCGAGCGACGGAAACAACGCCUUGAGAAGAAGCGAAGGAAGCGACGGGAAGAGAAGGCCAUCGAGGAGAAGUCACGCCGUGAGAGCAACGGUGUGCUGCGAUAUGGCGAGAACCAGGAUGCGCCUGUGGAAUCACUCUCAGGGAACGACGACUUCUUCACGUCAGAUUCGGACUCAGACGAUGAACCGCCGCAGCCUGAAGCCGCAGGCCAGAUCAAGGUCGCCCUCUUUCGCGUCCUCGCUAGUGGCGAGAUCAAGCGCGGUGAAUACUCGCCGCAAUUUGACGCGCAUGACGACGACGAAAACGUGCAGAACGGCGAAGGCGAGGAUGUAGAUCACACGACGAGCUUUGCGAAGCCGAAGACACUGGAUCCCAAGUCGAUCAGCACCCAGACAGUGACGGGCAUUGAUCCCCCUGAUAAGCCAUAUGCUGUGUUCACCUUCCUGUACCGCGGAGAACGUCAACUUCGCAAGAUGGGAAUACUCACUACGGAGAAGAAGAAGGCCGCGGAAGCAGCCCCAAGGAGGAAGUCUGGCGGUCUAGACCUAAGUGCUCUGAAACCGCUAAAUGCCACGACAGGCACAAAGAACUUCGCUGGCUACCGGGAGUCCUCACAAAAGGGUGCCAAAGGGAAGCGAAGUGAAGAUGCUAUGGACAGCGAUGCCGAAGACGACGAUGACGAUGUCAAGAUCAAGGCGGAAGACGAAGAAGACAAGGAUCCAAGUGGCAAAGGACUAUUGUCCCCUGAAGAUGCUCGGCGCGAGGGCGAGCUCGAGGAGGGUGUUCGGAAGAUCAAGCUCAAACGCCAGCAUUCCGCCGAGCCGCUCAACCGGACAGCAGAGUCUGCAAACCGUGGCGCUUCAGGAUCCCCAAUAUCAGGCACGCCCAUGUCAGCUAGCGAUCUUGACUCGACAUCGGCUCCCAAAUCGUCGGUUCCAGAUCUCGUCUCGGAAAGCAGUGUCGGCUCGCCGUUCAAGAAGCAGCGUGCAUCGUUACCCGGCUUCGAUGAAAGCGUUCGUAAGAGCUUGGGUGCCACCUUGGCAGAAGCUCAGAAGGAGCGAGGCAACUCCGAGGGUAAUGUUCCAACGCCCAGCAUUGUAGAAACCAAUAUGGAAGAAGAUGACGAGUUGUGA